AUGUCACCAAUGCACGAAUUUCCUGGUGUUGAAUAUUAUCCGGUAGCAUCGAUACCUCAGGAGCCAGCAUAUAAUAUGCCUCGGCCAUCUCCCUUUGCCACGACUCAUGCGCCUAUGCCUCCGCCAUUGAUCAUGCCGCACAAUGGACUCUGGCCGAGUAUGCUGGCGAGUCAACCUCAAACUGGAUACCAAACACCUAUCAUGCCCGCUGGGCCUCUACAGACUCCCUUAUCCGCUAGCACUGCGUCAGACAUGACGCCGACGAGUGCAAAGCCCACGCCAAGCCGCCGCAAACUGACAGAUGAUGAGCGGCGUCAAAUGUGUAUCGAAGCUGAGCAAAACCCGACUAUGAAGCAGACUCAGAUAGGAGCUAAGUUCAAUGUGGAGAGAAGUACUGUGUCCAAGAUCUUAAGACAGCGUGAAAAGUAUAUGAAUCCUAAACCCAAAGAGGAUAGCCACAGUCCAGGGAAAAAGUCAAAAGCGAAAUUGCCGGAUUUCGAGAAGACCUUGACCAAAUGGGUAAGGAAUCAACACGAAAAAGGCUUACCAAUAUCCGAUGAGGAUCUACGCAAGCAGGCGCUGGUCUUCUCCUUCAGUCGAGAUGACCAAGCAGUUGUGUCAAGCAUUGAAUGGCUUGAGAAAUUCAAACGUAAGAAUCAGCUUUUGACUCCCCAAGAGGACCGGGAUUCGAAGUUGCUCAACUCGAGCACUGCUUCCAACGAUCAAUCGCCUUCCGAUACCUCACCAGACUCCUCCAAUGGGCUUGUUUCUCCCCCAAUGUCAGCAAUCGAUGAUUUGACGAUUGAUGCGGGCGUGAAAUUGGAAGGACAUGACUUUUUCGACUUUGAAGAUGACAAGGACACCUUCGAAGAUUCCCCCAUGGAAAAUGAUCUGACAACAGAGAUUGGCGAAGCAGCUUCAAACGCAAUUUUAUCACCCCUAUCGCCCAGGCCAGGACGAAUCGAGAGUGAAACAGCAGAUCUGGUAGCGGAAGAGGAUAUUGUUGAGGAUCUCCUGGACCAUUCUCAUCGACAGCGAAGUCAGACGUUUUCUCAUAUAUCUCACGCAUAUGGCAGUUCUCGACCAUCAUCAGCUGGCCAAAGAGCUCCCUCACUACCCGUCCGCUCAUUGACAUCCACUCAAACAGAUAUGAGAGCCUCAGGAAUCGAUCCUCGCCAGAUGAUGAAACGGCAUAAAAGUGUACCUGACAUUCACUACCCUGAGCAGCCUCGUGUCACUUCCAUGCAACCUCCACCAUUGCCUCAAUCACUACCCCGAUCAGCCGAUGCAUCACCUGUCAGUCACCCUGUUUCUCCCAUGGAUGAUGAGCACACUCGAUCAUUGCAUGAAAUCAAGCUUUUCCUGGAGCAGAGUUCCCAUUCUGAGCCAGAUGACUACGUUUCCAUUGGAAAGUUGAUGCAGAAAAUCAAACUCAUACGACAGGCCAAUGCCGCAUUGUUGCCUGGAGGGAUGCACGCCAUCGACAUCAUGGACAGCCCUCGAAUCUCAAAGAAGAGAACAAUCCUUGGUAUAUCUACAUGA